AUGGUUUGUCUUCCUUGUCUGAAAACUUUGCAGCUUCGAAAUGUAACAUACUUGAAUGAAGAUUCUCUUCAAAGGCUUCUAUCUAAUUGCCCUGUUCUUGAAGAUCUAUUGGUGGAUGAGGGUGAAGUUGAUAAUUUGAGAAAAGUCAUUGUUAUGGUCUCGUCUUUGCAGAGAUUAGCACUCUGUAUACCUCAUGAUUUAGAUGAGCUUGUGAUAAAUACUCCUUCUUUGAAGUACUUCAAAAUUCAGUACCAUAGUUGGAAGAGUCACCACAAGUGUUUGAUUGAGAAAAUGCCUAAGCUGAGGGAGGCAUUUCUAGAUGUUUACUUUCCUUCUAUGGAUAGGCUUAUCAGAUCAAUCACAUCUGCCAAGCUUCUUACAUUUAUCAGUUUAGAGGAUGAUGUGUAUAUUGGUGAAGGUUUUGUCUUCAACCAGCUUCAAAAUUUGAAACUAUUUUUAUGCAAAAGCAAUGUGUCGAGCUUGCUUGUCCAGUUGCUCAAAGAUUCGCCUAAGUUACGAUCACUAGACCUCUUCGUCAUGGAAGAUCAUGAAAAUAGUGGUAUAGAUGGAUGGAAUCAACCAAGUACUGUUCCUGAAUGUCUAUUGUCGAGUCUUCAAACUUUCAAGUUUUUGGAAUACGUAGGAAGACCACGAGAGAGAGAGAUUGCGACUUACAUCUUACAAAAUGCUCGUCGCUUGAAGACUGCAACAAUCAUGUCUCAACCAGGUUUGUAUGAAACCCUUGACAUGAUCAAGGAGUUGGCACUUUCUCCCAGAGCUUCCACCGCAUGCAAACUUGUAUUUGUUUGA